CUGCCCAUCGUGUCGGUGGUGAGAGACACCGAGUCCCAGCUCCUGCCCGACGUGGGGGCCGUGGUGACGUGCAAGGUUUGCAGCAUUAACUCCCGCUUUGCCAAGGUGCACAUCCUGUACGUUGGCUCCACGCCACUGAAGUCCACCUUCCGGGGGACCAUACGGAAAGAAGAUAUUCGAGCCACGGAGAAAGAUAAGGUAGAAGUAUACAAGAGUUUCCGCCCCGGUGACAUAGUCCUGGCCAAAGUUAUCUCGCUAGGGGACGCGCAGUCCAACUACCUGCUGAGCACGGCCGAGAAUGAGCUGGGCGUGGUGGUGGCACGCAGCGAGGCAGGGGUGCAGAUGGUGCCCAUCAGCUGGUGUGAGAUGCAGUGCCCACGGACACACACCAAGGACUUCCGUAAGGUGGCCCGCGUGCAGCCCCAGUUUCUGCAGACCUAG